AUGUUUUUUUUUUGUUUUUUUUUCCAUCUCCAACAUGUUCCAGGCUCUCUGAUGGGUGAUCCAGUGGUGAUGGUCAGCCUUUACCCAGAGUUCCCCCAAUCAGUGAUGUCCUCACUCGCCACCUGUGGAGAGUUUGUGUUCUUGGUGGAUCGAUCAGGAAGUAUGGGCUGCAGCAUGAAUAACAGCACACCACAAGAAACUCGUAUUAGCAGUGCAAAGGACACUCUGCUGCUCCUGUUGAAGAGUUUACCAAUGGGAUGCUACUUCAACAUUUACAGUUUUGGAUCCUCCUUUGAACACAUCUUCCGUACGAGUGUGGAGUACAGUGAGAAGACCAUGAAGGAGGCUCUGGAAAAGGUUGAAAAGAUGGAGGCUGACCUUGGAGGAACAGAGAUUCUUCAGCCUCUCAAACACAUUUACAGCCAAGCCUGCAUUCCCAAACAUCCUCGGCAGGUGUUUGUCUUCACUGACGGAGAGGUGGGAAACACCAAAGAAGUUACUGAUCUUGUUAAGAAGAAUGCAGGCUCCCACAGGUGUUUCUCUUUUGGGAUUGGAGAAGGAGCCAGCUCUGCUCUCAUCUAUGGGAUGGCCAAAGAGGGCGGAGGUCACGCUCAGUUCAUCACAGGGGCUGACAGGAUGCAACCAAAAGUGAUGCAGUCACUCAGGUUUGCACUGCAGCCAGCUGUGGAGGACAUUUCUGUCUCCUGGGGUUUACCAAAGGGAGUGUCUGCCACCGUUCUCUCUGCACCCAUUACAGCUAUUUUUCAGGGUCAGAGGUCACUGAUUUAUGCUCAGCUUACAGGACAGAGUUCAGAGGAAGCAGUUUGCAGUGUGACAGUGAAGUACAGCCUGGCAGGUCAUCCCUCUCAGAACCAGCUGCACUUCAAACUAAAACCUGCAGAGGACUCUGGAUUAACAGUCCACAGGCUGGCUGCUCGCACUGUGAUUCGCUCGCUGGAGUCAGAGGAGAGGACACGAAGAGGACAGCAGGAUGAAGAAGUGAAGAAGAAGGUGGUGGAGCUCAGCGUCCAAUCAGGAGUAAGCAGCUGUUUCACUGCCUUCAUUGCUGUCAACAAAGACAGCGGCAAGGCAGUUCAAGGACCGCUGGUGCGCAGAAAUGUCCCGACAGCUGAUGAUGAUUUAGAUUCAGAAAGGUCAGCCCCCAAACCUGUGCAGCCCCAUAAAGACCCUCUGCUGCAGCUGGUGUCCCUGCAGAAAGCGUCUGGCAGCUGGAUGCUUGAUGAAGAUCUGGCUGCUGUGCUGGGAAAGACCAAAGAGGAGGUGGAAAAGGCAAAACCAGAAUUGGUCAACAAUGAAGUGUGGGCCUCCAUUCUGGCUCUGAUUUGGCUUCAUGCUUUUAAGAUGGAUGCAAAGGAGGAGUGGGAGCUUCUGUCUAUGAAGGCUGCAUCAUGGAUUAAAGCUCAGAACGUCCACAGGCUGGCUGCUCGCACUGUGAUUCGCUCGCUGGAGUCAGAGGAGAGGACACGAAGAGGACAGCAGGAUGAAGAAGUGAAGAAGAAGGUGGUGGAGCUCAGCGUCCAAUCAGGAGUAAGCAGCUGUUUCACUGCCUUCAUUGCUGUCAACAAAGACAGCGGCAAGGCAGUUCAAGGACCGCUGGUGCGCAGAAAUGUCCCGACAGAUUCAGAAAGGUCAGCCCCCAAAUGUGUGCAGCCCCAUAAAGACCCUCUGCUGCAGCUGGUGUCCCUGCAGAAAGCGUCUGGCAGCUGGAUGCUUGAUGAAGAUCUGGCUGCUGUGCUGGGAAAGACCAAAGAGGAGGUGGAAAAGGCAAAACCAGAGUUGGUCAACAAUGAAGUGUGGGCCUCCAUUCUGGCUCUGAUUUGGCUUCAUGCUUUUAAGAUGGAUGCAAAGGAGGAGUGGGAGCUUCUGUCUAUGAAGGCUGCAUCAUGGAUUAAAGCUCAGAACGAUUGCCCCCCUCUGGCUCCGCGACUGAUGACAGGGGGGGCACUGCCCCCUCCGCCCCCCCCGCCCCUUCUUGGAGCUGUGCCCCCUCCGCCCCUUCGUAGGGCACUGCCCCAUCCGCCCCCCCCGCCCCUUCGUGGGGCUGUGCCACUGUUUAGGUCAGCCAGGUCAUCCCUAGGGAUCCAUAGUAAAGAGAUGUCCCGGAGGAGCAACGCUGCAGAAGCAAUUGAUUCUGAUGAUGAUUUAGAUUCAGAAAGGUCAGCCCCCAAACCUGUGCAGCCCCAUAAAGACCCUCUGCUGCAGCUGGUGUCCCUGCAGAAAGCGUCUGGCAGCUGGAUGCUUGAUGAAGAUCUGGCUGCUGUGCUGGGAAAGACCAAAGAGGAGGUGGAAAAGGCAAAACCAGAAUUGGUCAACAAUGAAGUGUGGGCCUCCAUUCUGGUUCUGAUUUGGCUUCAUGCUUUUAAGAUGGACGCAAAGGAGGAGUGGGAGCUUCUGUCUAUGAAGGCUGCAUCAUGGAUUAAAGCUCAGAACGCUCCAUGUGUGUCAGAGUGUGUUGAAGCUGGAAAUAAACUGUUGGGCUGCAGUGUGAAGAAAGAAGCUCUGAGCCUCUGAGGUUUUCCAUGAACAGCCUUCAGCUUUACUAUGGAAGCACCUGAGUGCAGGAAAUAAAACACUGAAGUUACUAAUGACCAAGAAACAGAUGUACUGUUCAACAUUUAAUCAUGUGUCUGCCAGUGUGCCUUGUGAUAUUUGCACCAUAUGAAUAAAAAGAAGCUAAGGAUCA